AUGACCUCGCCGAUACCGACUACGAACCAAGCGAACUCGUCGCACCACCCUUCACCACCGGGGGCCACACCUGCUUCGCCGCCCAACAAGCGCGACUUGAAAUCAUGGUGGAAAGGCUUUAAAUUGCCAUCUAAGCAGCCAGAUCCUCCAGAAACCAAAGCACCUGGCAUCUUUGGUAUUCCGCUGCGGCAGAGCAUCACAUACGCCAAUGUUGCUAUAUCCCUCAUUGACGAAAAUGGAAAAAGCUACAUCUAUGGAUAUGUGCCUAUAGUGGUUGCCAAGUGCGGCGUAUUUCUGAAAGAAAAAGCCACCGGAAUUGAGGGUAUUUUCCGAUUGAGCGGCUCUGAAAAACGAAUCAAGGAACUUAAGCACAUCUUCGACUCGCCGGACAGAUAUGGCAAAGGGCUUGUUUGGGAUGGAUAUACCGUCCAUGAUGCCGCCAACGUUCUCCGCCGUUAUCUGAACGAUUUACCUGAACCCGUAGUGCCUUUAGCCCUGUACGAGAAAUUCCGUGAACCUUUGCGCGGAGCCACCAAACAACCAACUUCAGAUGGCGAGGGACCAGAGUUUGUUGACAACUUUGACGAACAAGCCGCAAUCAAGAAAUAUCAGCAACUUAUUACAGAGUUGCCGCCUUUGAAUCGACAGCUCCUCCUGUAUAUCCUAGACCUACUGGCGGUCUUUGCCGCAAAGUCCGAUGAAAAUCGAAUGAACUCGCAGAAUUUGGCCGCCAUUUUCCAACCUGGCAUGCUUUCACACCCCAAUCACGCAAUGGCCCCAGAAGAAUAUCGCCUCAAUCAAUGCGUGUUGAUCUUUUUGAUCGAGAAUCAAGAUCAUUUCCUCAUUGGCAUGCAAGGCACCGCUGCUGAUGAAAACACAAAGAAGGAAGUAGAAUCAGGGACUCCUACCACACCAAACGCUGGGGGAGUCAAUAGGUCUGCAUCCACUGCAAGUGCUGGUGCCAACAGUGUUCGCAAGGAAGGCCAGUUGCGCCGUAACCGGUCUGUGUCUUCACGACACUCGAGAGGGGAGGGCAGUGUUGGCUCCCACAGCCCAGCCCUCGCCACGAAUACCACAGGGGGGCUUGGUCGGAGCAAUACAGUACCGUCGAAGAAAUCUCCAGGCUUGGCAGGGGGGAAGUUCAGGAAAGCUGACAGCCCUGGCCACCAAUCUCCAGCCCGCCUCGAACCUAUGACUCCUGUGAGACCAGCCAUGGCGUUUGAUGAAUCACGGGAGCCAAGCCUUACUCCCCCAGUGGCGGGGAUAACACAUCUAUCUACUAGCACUGCUCAGGCGUUGGCCCCCAGCCAGGAAAGGCUGUUGGAGGUUCCCCAGGAUUCUCUAACACCCCCUGUCAAGGAGCGAAACCUCCAAAACCUAUUCCAGCGAUUGCCAGCAGACGGCAGCGACAAACGUCAACCAAACAAGCUGAAGAAGAAGAGGAUCCCAGGCAGUAUGAACAUCAGUGCCCAAAGCUCCAAUGCUUCUCUGACACAUUCAAAUGCGGCCUCGCCAGCCUGGGAAUCACCAAAUCCAAUGGAAUCGAUUCUGCAUGUCUCUGAGAAUGUUACUUCUGAUCCGGCGAAGACGUCGCCUAGAGAAACACCCGUCAAAACACCUCAGGCCGGGGCUCAGAAUCCUAUUAACUCUAGCGAACCCCAGGUAACACAAUCCAAACCUUCAUUGCCAAAUCAGGCAAGCGAUAUGUCUUCCGAACCGACACCACGAGCAUCCCAGAUUGCCUCGAGCAGUAGUUUGCACCCUGACAAUAAUUUCACCGGCAAGAAGUCUCCGCCAACAUCGAUUCACUCAUCUUUCAAUGAUGGCUCUGACCUGGAUCAGGCCCUUGAAGGCCAGACUGCUCCACAGAUUGAGAAUCCCGACAAAGAAAAAAAGAGGCGAUGGAGACUGUCGAGAAGCAGAAAAGACGACAAUGACGGCUCUUCUGGGUCUUUGGUGACUCCAUCACCUGGAAAUCUAGGAUCUAAUACUGGCGCCGAAACGAGCACAACGACCAUUGGCAGCGGAGGUGGCAAAACUCGCAAGAGCUUCCAACACGAUGGAUCAGAAUCGCAUCUCUUCGAUUUGCAUGGUGGGCAUGAUGGUGAGAGGGAGAACGGAAAAGAUGACCCAAAAGGCCCCAUCGGUUGGAUAAAAAACAAAUAUCGCGAGGCCAAGGAGAAUGCUGAACAACGCCGAAAUAAGUCACCGCCAGCAGACCGCCAUGGAGAUCGACAGGCGCUUGGUGCAGCCCUGACCUCCCGUGGGAAGAGCUUGGACAUGAACAGAGAGAAACAGGAGGACGACAAAGUAGCAGAAAAGCCCGUCGAGAAGCCCGCCGAGAAGCCCACUGAGAAGCCUGUCGAGAAGCCUGUCGAGAAAGAAGCUCGUGAACCAAUGGCCGUCGCACCUAUGCACCACGACAACCCUAAGUUUACCGAGGAACUCAGGCCAUCAAUUACAACUGUACCUUUAGAAUCUGUUCCCGAGGUGUCUAAGGAAACGCCAACAGAACAGAUCCACACUAUGACUGAAAUGCCCCCAGCAGAGUUAUCAGGGGGCCAGGCUGACCAGCCCGAAAUAGAAGCUCCGUCUGCGCCUGUCCCUGUGCUUCCAACUACAGGAGAAACGACAUCUGCUGAGACACCUGCUGAACUCCCCAAACAGGCAUAA